AUGGCCGACGAUAUCCCGUUCGAAAAAAAGUUUCAUAGAACUCUUUCCAAUCAACCAACAUAUUCUUCUUCAAUACGUAGUUCAUCAUUAACUUCAUAUAAACAAUAUCGAUGUAGAGAUAAUCAAGUUUGUCCAGAUUAUAAAUGGAUUUUAAAAACAGAUGAAAAAAGACUUACUCAACAGAAAAAUCUUGAAGAAAGACAAAAAGCAAUUAUUCAUGAAUUAUCAUCUAAUCAAACUUCAAAUCAAGCAUCAAUUGAUUAUGAAGUUGAUUUUCUGCCGGGCGAACCAGUACUUGUAUGUGUUAAUACACAAUAUUUUGAUAUAACAAAUAAUAAAGUAAAUAUCAAUGAAUUAAGUAUACAAUUAGCUCAAUUAGCAAGUAAAAUGCUUGAUAAAAUUCAAAUACUUAGUCAAAUAACACAUUUACCAUUUAAUAAACAAUUUCGACUUGAAUUACGUCCUGUAUCAUUCUAUAAUUCUGAUCCUCAAUUAAUGAAUCUUUGGGAAUUACGUCUUAAUCUAGAUCCUAUUGUUUGGUUCGAUUAUUUCUGGCAAAAAACUGAACAACAAAAAGAUUUUCUUCAUACAGCUCGUAUGUAUGUUGAUAAAUAUCGUCAUUUUGUAAAAUAUGAAUAUUUACCUGAAUCGAAAUUUGAACCACUUGCAUCAGAACGACAUUGUCGAUAUCAAACGACAUGUAAUAAAGAUGGUGGCAAAUAUGCUCAUGCUCUUCAUUCAACACUUAUUUGUUUAGAAAAUGGUUCUAUGUUACGUGAUGAUGGGCUACAUAAAUGUGGACAAUUUUUUGUUAAUAGUACUAUUGCUAUGCAAUGGCCAGUUAAAUCAAUAUUAAAUUCUCAAUUUACAAAUGACAAUCAUCAUGACUAUGGUCUAAAUUUUCAUUGGCAAACAUCUAGUUUUGUAUUUACAAGUAAACGUGAAACAGUACGUGAUCUUGUUAUGUAUGCUACACCUCCAUGGCAUAUAACAAAUCGAAAGAUGAUUCAUUUACCAUUAUUUUGGUCAACAGUUAUUUAUACAUGUCAUUUUCUUUAUUCUGAACUUCGUAAACAAACAAAUCGUGAUAAUAUUCAAUGGCCUGUAAAUGCUAUUGCACUUAAUUUUGGAAAAUGGGAAACAGGUAGUUCAUAUAGUACACAUGCAAUUGAUUGUCAUGCUCAUGCACAUUUUUUAUUAACAAAAGAAUUUAUUUCUGAAUGUAACGAAACAUUUUUUCAACCAUUACAAGGUCGACAAAAUGCACCGCCAGAUUAUUUAAAUCAAAAUGCGGAAAUUCUUGAACGUGAACGAUUAUUAAGUUGUGAAAUUCAAACUCAUCAACAAACAAUACAUGAAAUAAAAGAACAAGUUGAUGAUAUUCAAAUUAAUAUGAAAAAAAUGAUAACUAUACUUGAAAAUAUAUUAUCAAAAGAACAGACAUAA